CCCCGAAUCCCCCUCACCCCCUGUGCCCCCCCCCCAGGGCAUCCCUGGGAGCCCUGAGCCCGAGCGGCCGCCGGUGCAGGAGAGCCGCCCCCCGGAGCAGCCCCCGCCUGAAGGGGAGAACCCGCUGGAGUUCCUGCGGGAGCAGCCGCAGUUCCAGAACAUGCGGCAGGUGAUCCAGCAGAACCCCGCGCUGCUCCCCGCACUGCUCCAGCAGCUGGGCCAGGAGAACCCGCAGCUGCUGCAGCAAAUCAGCCAGCACCAGGAGCAGUUCAUCCAGAUGCUGAACGAGCCGCUGGGGGAGCUGGGCGACCUCGAGGGUGAGAUGGGCGCCAUCGGGGACGAGUCCCCGCAGAUGAACUACAUCCAAGUGACGCCUCAGGAAAAAGAAGCCAUAGAGAGGUUGAAGGCGCUGGGCUUCCCCGAGAGCCUGGUGAUCCAGGCCUACUUCGCCUGCGAGAAGAACGAGAACCUGGCGGCCAACUUCCUGCUCAGCCAGAACUUCGACGACGACUGAGACGGACACGGGGGGCC